AUGAAACGAUUGCUGAAUCGAGCGAUUUUGGAAAGAAUCGCUGCUGGAGGGGAAAAGUUUUCGGUGAGAAAAGUUUCUUCAAGUCCCCCAUUGCACACCAGUUUCUACAACAUGGGCCGGCAGCGUUUCAGUCUAGAGGAUAAGAACGGCAGUCGAGCCAGCGAUGCGGAAAGUUUCGCGAGACGAGUCGGCAACUUCUACACUCUCGAGGAAAAGGAAAAAGACGUUUUUGUCACUCCAAACCUCUCAACGGUACGCGGAGCUGCAGUCCAUGCAGCCUACGGUGGACUCAUCUUUUCACAGGCCCUUUGUGCAGCUGAAAAAACGGUGGAGGAACGUUUCAAGCCACAUGCCACACACUCCUUCUUCAUCUUGAAUGUUGACACUCGAAUCCCAUGUGAGUAUCAUGUGCGUCGAUUGCGAGACGGGAAAUCGUUUUGCACGCGGACCGUGGAGGCGAUUCAGAAUGGGAAAGUCGCUUUCUGUUUGCAAGUCUCAUUUCAUGUGAACGAGCCCGACUCGGUGGUUCACGAGGCGAAAAUGCCGGACGUGCCACCGCCCGAGGAGUGCGUCACGAAUCGAGAUUUUGCCAUUUUCACUUUAGAAAAGGUUGCCGCUGGGGAAGUAACUGUGACGGAGAUGCAGCGAAAGCGGCUGGAGUUUCAGGCAAACUACGACCCGGAUGGGGAUCUUUUUGAGAUAGAAUACGAAAAUUUCGAUUCGGACGGGGGCCUUUUUGAGAUUCGCUGCGUUGCUCCCGACACACAUUUGGGUUUCUCGGAGCCGUCCACCUCGAGAACCGUGUGCUUUUGGAUGAAAACACAAUUCCCCGUUCCAUCGUGCUCCGAGCGGUUACACCGAUACUUGUUGGCAUUCACGUCUGACUCGGUGCUGGCUGGAUCGGCUUAUUUGCCGCAUUUGAUCAACGAUUUCUCGUUUUCAAUGCUUUUCUCCUUGGAUCACUGUGUUUGGUUUCACGAGCCAAUUGUGAAAUCCGAUGAUUGGAUGCUCUAUGAAUGUCGGUCUGAUAAAGCAAGAGGCUCCCGUGGCUUCACGGAGGGUCGAAUGUGGAGUCGAGACGGUCGAGUGAUCAUGACGGCCACACAAGAGGCCCUCGUUCGAUCAAAGGGAUCCGUUUCGAAGAUU